CAGCCGCCGCCGCCUCCGCGAUCGCAAACCCGGAAGACGUGUUCGGGCAGCUGGAGUGUACGGGCCCGCCGGCCACGGCCAUGCAGACCCUGGAGGUAGGUCUGGUUCCCGCUCCAGCUGGGGAGCCGAGACUGACCCGCUGGCUGCGGAGAGGCAGUGGGAUCUUGGCGCACCUGGUAGCUUUGGGCUUCAGCAUCUUUCUGACAGCGCUGUCCCGGCCAGGAACCAAAACAGGUCCCCUGAUGGAGGAUAGAAGUGAAGGAGGCCGGGCGCGGUGGGUCAUGCCUGAAAUCCCAGCACUUUGGGAGGCCGACGCGGGUGGAUCACUUGAGUUCUGCCUCUGCAUGGCUGAAGCCAUCCUACUCUUCUCACCUGAACACUCCCCGUUCUUCUUCUGCUCCCGAAAAGCACGGAUCCGGCUCCACUGGGCAGGGCAGACCCUAGCCAUCCUCUCUGCAGCUCUGGGCCUGGGCUUCAUCAUCUCCAGCAGGACCCGCAGUGAGCUGCCUCAUCUGGUGUCCUGGCACAGCUGGGUAGGAGCCCUGACACUGCUGGCCACUGGUGUCCAGGCACUGUGUGGGCUCUGCCUCCUUUGUCCCCGGGCAGCCAGGGUCUCAAUGGUGGCUCGCCUCAAGCUCUACCAUCUGACAUGUGGACUGGUGGUCUACCUGAUGGCUACAGUAACGGUGCUUCUGGGCAUGUACUCAGUAUGGUUCCAGGCCCAGAUCAAAGGUGUGGCCUGGUACCUGUGCCUGGCACUGCCCGUCUAUCCAGCUCUGGUGAUCAUGCACCAGAUCUCCAGAUCCUACUUGCCGAGGAAGAAAAUGGAAAUGUGAGUUCCUGCGAACUCUGAAUCUAGGUGGGACGCUUGCCUUGAACAUCGUGGUUCCUUUGGUGAUCUAUAAGGGAUCUAUUUCAGAAGUGGUCAGGUUUUUGCACUUCUUGGCUGGUCUAGGGACUGCAGAAACCAAAGCUGCUAUUGUUGAGGAAUAAUUCAGUGGGUCAAAAUGGGGAAAUGUACUGGGUAUGAGUGGAAGGUGAUGGAGAGCCUGAUCCUGAAGCCUCUACUUGAUGAGAGACAGAGUUUUGGGUGGUGAUAGUGAUGUGCUGGUGGUCAUUUCUUGCUUGUGUGCCUGAUGAAAAAUUGGGUUCCUGUAAGUUAUGAAUGGCAUCCAUGGAUAUUUGGGUUACUUUUAAGAAAGCAGUGUGAUGUAGUGGAGAGAGCCCAUGGGUCUUAUUUAUGGGAUAUGGUCCUCUUAGGCUCUAUUGUACAACCUUAGGUACAUUCCAUAUCUUAAGACCACCGUUUCUUCAUCUGUGAAAUGUUUCUAAACAAUCUCUAAGUCCCUUCCUUCUCUAAUACACAGCGUCUGUCAGGUCGAUGUCUCAGAACGCGCUCCCAGCUGUGGACCAUGUGGACCACUUAGCAGGCUCGGGGUAGUUCUUUACUCUCCCUUUACUCCCCUGGAGGGACAGCUCUGUCCUUGAGGCCCUUCAGAAAUUUGUGCUGAUUUGGUCCCUGUGCCAGGGCACAGGGGGUCAGGCACUGUGGAGAGAAGGGACUCAGGUGAGGGUCUUCUGGACUCUAAGACGGUAAAGGCACUAAAGUCACUUUAAAGCUUUUGGAGAAGCAGGAGGGCAUUGUCUUAACCAAGUCGAAGGCUCCUGGCUGGGCUGCCUAGCCCAGCUAAGAUCUUCCUUCAGCCCACCUCAGGAUCUGGGCUUGAGGGCUGCAGGGCCUGCGUGUGCUCCCUCCCCCGAAAUCACUUCUCAGGGCAAAGGAGCCCCAGGCGUCUCAUGCCUUGCCCUUCUUAGGGCUCAGGUUCUUGCCUUAGCACAUAGCUUCUGGGAGCUUUUUUGAAGCUUUUCAUAAGGGCCAAGGAAGUGGGGCAGGGCUUUUCUGAUCCAAAGAAAACAGUUUCUCUGGUUACCCCUCUUCCCUUGUUAUCUAAGCUUUCCUCAGUUGUCAUCUCUUGCCAGCUCUUUGGUCCAAGAGGGGGCUGAGUUUGGUGCCAGCUGGCAAAUGAGGGCUGGACUCUCUUCCUUACAGAGACCACCACCCUCCUUGCUGCAGCUGAAAGUAGUUCCCCAGGCUGCCCUCGGUGGUGAGGACUGGAUGCUAGACUGCUUAGCUGUGGUCUGGGCUCAGUUGAGAAGAUAGGAUCUCCCUAGAUCCUGGCAAGGCCUGACAACAGCUGAGCCAGGAAAGUGCUGCUGAGGCAAGUAGACAUAGCUCACAGGGAACUCUGGGAAGCCUGGGGUGUAGGCGCUGGAGCUCCAGUUCCCAGGAGCAGGGGCAGGUGUUCCUAGAUGUUAGUGUUGUGGAUGUCCUGGGUCUUCUGAAGAUUCAGGUCCUCCUCUCCGGGUAGCUCAGAAGUAAGGAGGUUGGUUUGAUUCAUAGUACAAGAAUGGGGACAGCAAAGGCAGAAGUGUCCUCUCCAUGUACCUCAUUAUGCCCCUCCUCGGGGAGAUUGCAUCUCCAGGACAAGCAUCUAAAGGAGGCCCCUGCUGUGCAGAAGGGUAUUGUUCCUUUCUCUUUCAUUGUCCUCCCUCCUCUCAAACUCUCCAGUGUGGUGUGAACUCAGAAGAAACGGUUACUGGGGCUGCAUGGAGAAUCUCACCUGCGGUGAUUUUGAUCCAGGGACUGCGUCUCCUCUUUCCUCAUCACAGCCAGUGCUGAGAGGCUCACUCUACCUGCCGCAGGGUAGGAGGGCCAGGCAAAGUUCACCAGCUUGCUCUAAGAGCAAGCAGGCAAUGCCGUAAAGCCUGAGCCUGCCUGAGGUGCUGCCUCCUCCCAGGUGGUGCGGGGGCUGGUGGGCGGGCGGGCAGGCGUGCUGACAGCCGGCAGUUUGCGUGGGCUGUGCCAUCUGAUGUCUAUUCCCAGCCCUGGGAGGAAGGGGGAGUCAUUUAUAUUCUGCAGGAGGAAGGGGCCCCAGCUGUCGCCUUUCUGACCAGCAGGCCUGGAGGGCAGGGGCACAGAGCAGAGAGGAGGGCACUGGUGGUCUCCUGCUUAGCCUGGUCUGACUGCAGUGUAGGGAAUAGGUCACCAGGAGGAGCCCUUCAUCCUGGCAGGCUGGAUUGUGGAGGGACUUCCCUCCCCCCUUUUCCAUUUCUCCCUCCAUCACCACCUGCCCUCACAUCCUGGGGCAGCAGCUGGACAGCCAUUAGACCUCAGUGCCAGGGCACUCUUCCUCCAGCUGGGAUCUCAGUGGCUCCCAGGUGCAUGGGCUCCUGCUUGUGUGUUCCCUCCUCCGCCAUCCUCUGUUCCCCGCACCUCCCUUAUUCUGCUCAUGUCUGGGGUAUUCACUUGGCUCCUCAGCAAGGAAGCAAAUGCCUUGGAGGAGAAGCACAUGGUUGCCCUUUUGUCCUUGCUCCCUGGCUAGGGAAAGCUGCUAGUGGUCAGCCUGUUUUGCCUUUUUUUAAAAAAAAAAAAAAAGCCAGGGCAGGGUGCUUAGAUUUUAAAAAUUUGCCUGUCAUUUGUGCAAAUUUUCAUAUCAAGCUAAGUCCUGAUUCCAAAUUUGAUUAUAUUCCAAAUUUGAUUAUAUUCAGAUUCAACCUUGAGGACAUUAGAAAUAUAGAUGGCUUCUGUAUCCAAAUCUGAAUGGAAAUGAGAUUACCCUUCUGGGUUCAGAUGCCCCUCCCAAGCCCCUGUCUUUUCUGUAACCACCCCUCCUCUGAGCCCCGUCGUGGCUGGGGUUGGUAUGGAAUGGGAGGAGCUCUGUGUCUGGGGAAGUCCUCCAGCCUCACCUUCUUGGCUCUUAAGUGGUAGGCUGUUACCACUUGCCAGCCUGGGCCUCCUGUCUUCCCACCCUUUCACAAGGCAGGCUGCCCUUCCGUACUCACUAGCCCAUCCCUUCUUUCUCAUCGUCCCACCCUUCCACCCCUGUGCAUGGCUGCUGUAGGUCUGGUUUUUUUUUUUUUUUUUUUUAAGAGGGAGUCUCACUCUGCCGCCAGGCUGGAGUGCAGUGGCACAAUCUUGGUUCACUGCAACCUCUGCCUCCCGGGUUCAAGAGAUUCUCCUGCCUCAGCCUCCCGAGUAGCUGGUACUACAGGCACGUGCCACAGUGCCAAGCUAAUUUCUGUAUUUUUAGUAGAGAUGGGGUUUCACCAUGUUGGCCAGGAUCUCUUGACCUCGUGAUCUGCCCGCCUCAGCCUCCCAAAGUGCUGUGAUUACAGGCGUGAACCACCGUGCCUAGCCAGGUCUUGUUUUUAAAACCUCACUGUGGGAGAUUCAGGCAUCCUCCCUAAGCCAGCUGGCCGCUGUGCUAAAGCCUGUUCAGAGUUAAUAAUAAUCAUUAGCUGAAUGGUGCUGGGGCCUUUCAGCUUCAGAUCUCUAAGCACUUGCAGGCUGAGUCAGUCAGCCCUCACCUUCCUCCUCCUUCCUGGGCUGCAGAGUGUAACAGAAUGGGAAAGCACUGUGGGAAGGAAGUCAGGAAUCUUGCUGCUAGCCACGCCUUGCAGUGACUGUCGUCUGGGAGUGGGCACUGAGUCCUCUCAGUAAACUAAUAAGGCUUGCACCUGACAAAGGUCAAGAUAUGUAGGGAACACAGUGUAUGCUAGGCUGAGACCUAUGGUGGUGGCAGGGGUGGCUGUUGAGCCUGAACUUCUAGUACUCCUGCCCUUCCUUCUGUUUACCUGUCUUGGCCUCCAGGGGGCACCCCUGGUCUUGAUGCCUCAAGCCCAGCAUUUCUGGGUCGCCUCUGCAAGCUCAGAGAGCAGGGAGGCUUCUGGUAGUGCUCCUGAUGCACCUGUGUCUGGGUGGCACAAAGAUCCUGUGUAACAUGAAAUGAAAGGUGCAUCGGCUUGGGGGCUGGGAAACCUGCAGUAUGGGUUUACUCCGUCCCUAUCACUGGUGUGGCUGUGGGCAAACCACUUAUUGCCUAACCUACCUCACAGGGAUGUUGUGAGGGUUUGAUGAGAGAAUGAAUGUUAAUAGGAAUUGGAAAAUUCAAAGCAUUAAACACAUGUAAACAGGUGGUA